AUGAACCACUCAGCUGAGCUGUCUUCUUCAGAGGAAAUGGCUCCUGAGGAGUUUGACGGUGGGACAGCAGUGGCUUGUGUGAUCCUGGGUCUAUCCUUCCUGGUUGGGGCUCCGGGAAACCUGUUGGUGAUCUGGACUAUCCUGAGACAUGUCAAGCAGCGUUCCCACACUGUGGUGCUCAUCUUGCAUCUGGCUAUUGCAGACCUGCUGGUUCUUAUCACCCUGCCAUUGUGGAUCUACUCCCUGGCCCAAUCAUGGGUGUUUGGGGAAGUCUCCUGCAAAGCCAUGGUGUACAUGAUCAACGCCUGUAUGUACAGCAGCGUAUUUUUCAUUACUCUCAUGAGUGUGGAGCGUUUUGUUGCUGUGCGUUAUCCCUUUGCCUCAGCUGACUGGAAGAGAAAAAAAGCACUGAGUAAAGUACUGCUGGCCUUGUGGACUGCAGCCUUUUUGUUCAGCAUACCUGUCAUCCCAACCCAGGUUGUAGGUAAAUCAGAUGAUUCUGCUGAGGAGCAUUGUCUGUACAGGGAGUACACCUCGACGACCCAGGAGUGGGUGUGUGUGCUGCUCGAGACACUGGUUGGCUAUGUCUUACCCUUCUCCAUCCUAGUGGUCUGCUAUGGCUGCCUGUGCAGCCGAAUUACUCAGAUGACCUUCAAGUCCAAGCGCAAGUCUACAGUCCUGAUCGCCAGUGUGGUUGUGGUAUUUGCCAUUUGUUGGACGCCUCAUCACAUAGGAAAUAUCCUCUCACUCAUCAUCCUGGCCCUUGGGGACUCCCCCAAUGCAGACAGGUUGGAGAGUGCCAGGGCUACCAUGACCUUCAUCGCUGGAGCCAUGGUCUUCAUCAGCAGCACUGUAAAUCCCCUUCUCUACAUGUUUGCAGCUCGCUCCUUCCGGAGCUCCCUGCGGGACACCGGCAUCCAGAAGCUCUUCCGCCAUAUCUCCAGCACCUCCCCAGGUGAGGGCAACAGAGAGUUGACCUUUGUGUCCAAGAGACAGAGCAAUCAGACCAACAGUUCUCAGUGUGUUACUGAAUCAAAAGACCAAAUGGACAUAUUAAUAAAAAUGUGUGAAAAUAACCCAUCCUAAUACUGAAAAUCAAUUGUGUUUGCAUGUAUAUAUACAGUAUAUUCUUGUGUAAAUUGUAUGUAUUUUUGGUUUUAUUGUGAAGAUUAUUUUGUAUCAAAUUACAACACAGGUGAAUGUGAUGUCAGAG